GGCGCCGGGAACCGCGCCCCGAUAUGGGGCUCCUUUCUGAAGUUUUGGGCGUGUGGCCGCAGCCCGGCGAGUCUGGAAUACCGCACCUCAGGGUGCUGAAUGGGAUGGAGCCCGCGUUUUCGAUGUUUCCAUGCUUCCUGUGUGGACCAUAGUUGAUCCCCCAGGGCUGGAUUAUGGAGGUUACUGAGAUCGCCAACCGUGGGGGCUCCAAGGCCCAAGGGCCACAGCAUCAGCCAGGCUCAGAGGGUCCCAGCUAUGCCAAAAAAAUUGCACUCUGGAUUGCUGGUUUGCUUGGGGCUGGUGGGACUGUCAGCAUCGUCUAUAUUUUUGGAAACAACCCUGUGGAUGAAAAUGGCACCAAGAUUCCUGAUGAAUUCGACAGUGAUCCAAUUCUGGUUCAGCAGUUGCGCCGGACAUACAAAUACUUCAAAGAUUACAGACAGAUGAUCAUCGAGCCCACCAGUCCCUGCCUUCUUCCAGAUCCUCUGCGGGAGCCCUACUACCAGCCACCUUAUACACUGGUCCUGGAGCUCACCGGGGUCCUUCUGCAUCCAGAGUGGUCGCUGGCCACCGGCUGGAGGUUUAAGAAGCGUCCAGGCAUAGAGACCUUGUUCCAGCAGCUUGCCCCGCUGUAUGAAAUAGUCAUCUUCACAUCAGAGACUGGCAUGACUGCAUUUCCACUCAUUGAUAGUGUGGACCCCCACGGCUUCAUCUCUUACCGUCUGUUCCGGGAUGCCACCAGAUAUAUGGAGGGACAUCAUGUGAAGGUGCCAUGUGGGGAUCACGGGUGGGGAGCUGACGCCCUGAUCCAUCACACUCACUUCCAGGACAUCUCAUGUCUGAAUCGGGACCCAGCCCGAGUAGUAGUCGUGGACUGCAAGAAGGAAGCUUUCCGCCUACAGCCCUUCAACGGCGUUGCCUUGCGGCCCUGGGAUGGCAACUCAGAUGACCGAGUCUUGCUGGACCUGUCUGCCUUCCUCAAGACCAUUGCACUGAACCAAGUGGAGGACGUCCGGACUGUGCUGGAGCACUAUGCUCUAGAGGAUGACCCACUGGAGGCAUUCAAACAGCGGCAGAGCCGGCUUGAGCAGGAGGAGCAGCAGCGCCUGGCCGAGCUCUCCAAGUCCAACAAGCAGGGCUUCUUCUUUGGCUCACUCACCAGCCGUCUGUGGCCUCGGUCCAAGUAGCCCUGACUACUAGGCUUCCUCAGAGACUUGGUGCCUGGGCCUUGGGCCCCAGCCCUCACAGAGCAAAGUUUGGACAGCUAUGUGUCCAAUAAAGCAAGUCCCAGAUGCCACAAUGCCUGUGUCCAGAGUCCAGAUGGGGCGCUGGGGUCAGGUCUUGGACUUGGUCUUCAUUCACAGUGACUGAGCACCACCACUGGGCUGGGUACCGUGAGUGCCUCGUUGGAGUGGGGCUCCUGCCAGCCUGAAACUGAAAACCGGGGUUUCUGCUGCACAUGUCUUCCCAUAUACUCUAUGAGCUGCAAAGAAAAGCCUCUCUCUCUCUCUCUCUCUUUCUCUCUCUCUCUCUGGCUCUGGACUCCUUGUGUGCUGUGGAAAUAAAGAGAAGUACGGCCUCUGGGGCCGCCUCACGGGCUGUCAGCCUA